UUUUCUACUAGUCUUGCAUACAUGCAUAGAGUAUAACUUCUUCCAUGGCGGCCUUCAACGGAGCCUCUUCCUCCUCCCUUUCAUCUUCUAUUCAUCAGUGCGCUUACGAUGUAUUUUUAAGUUUUAGAGGUCAAGAUACUCGUAGAGCUUUUACUGCCCAUCUAUAUGCAGCUUUGCGUCGAAAUGAUAUCAAUACGUUCAUGGAUGACAACCUUAGAAGCGGUGAAGAAAUUUCACCAGCACUUCUCAAAGCCAUUGAAGAGUCAGCGAUUUCAAUCAUUGUACUCUCUAAAAACUAUGCAUCCUCCCGAUGGUGCUUGGACGAGCUGAUGAAGAUCCUCGAGUGUAGAAAAACAUGGGGGCAACACGUUCUACCCUUGUUCUAUCACGUACAUCCGUCGGAAGUACGGAAUCAAACAAAUAGUGUUGGAGAAGCAUUCGUUAAACUUGAAGAAAGGUUUAAGCAUGAUCAAAUGAAGUUGCAAAGGUGGAAGACAGCCCUAUCACAAGUGGCCAAUUUGUCCGGGAGGCUUUUGGGGAACAAGAAUGAAGCUGAAUCUAUUCGCGAAAUCAUUCAAUGGAUCAAUUCAAUAUUAUUAAAACAUAGAUACUUUCAAGUUGCUCAGGAUCCAGAGUCUCGCCAACAAUAUGUGAAACCACUUUUAGAUAUAGAGAAGAAUAUUGAUCGUACAUGUCUAGUAGGUAUCUUUGAAAUUGGUGGAAUUGAUACAACAACUAUCGCCAAAACCUUCUACAACUCGAUUGCAUCUCUAACCGAAGAAAACAGGAUAAGAGACUUACGAAAUCAACCACUGCAUGCAUUAAACAGUGAAAAAAAGGUCAAAGACUUGAUAGACUCCGAAAACAAAAGAAGUGAUAGAAGAAGUCGAGCAGUACUUUGUGCAUUAGAUAGUAAAAAACUUGUCAAAGCAGUUGACCAUUGCUUUUUAUUCAUCAAAAAAAUAGGAAAACCUGUCAAAGACUUGAUAGGCUUGGGUGUGUUCAGACAAGAAAAUAUGGAAGGUAUAUAUGCACCAUUUUUUGAUUGGAAAUGCAUUCAAGCAGCUACAGAUAAUUUCUCAAAUGCAAAGAAGCUUGGACAAGGAGGGUUUGGAUGUGUUUUCAAGGGCACAUUUUCAGGAGGUGAAGAGAUUGCAGUAAAAAGGCUUUCGAAGGUCUCGCAACAAGGCAUAAAACAAUAUUUUGAAAAAGAGUUGGUGGUGAUGACAAAACUUCAACACAUGAAUAUUGUUAGGUUUCGAGGAUAUUGCAUAAAAGGAAAAGAAAGGAUUGCAGUUUAUAAGUACAUGCCGAACAAAAGCUUAGAGUCAUUUAUAUUUGAUCAAAAGAAACGCAUGUGUUUGGACUGGAAAAUGCGCGUCAACAUCAUUUUGGGAAUAGCUCGUGGGCUUCUUUAUCUUCACCGUGACUCCACAUGGAGGAUUGUUCAUGGAAAUCUAAAACCCGACAACAUUCUUUUAGACGAGCAGAUGAACCCCAAAAUAGCUGACUUUAGCUUAGCAAGGAUUGUUGGAAGCAAAGAAACCGGGGUAGUUAAAACUUUUGAUUAUAUGUUUUCGGAAACUGAGGAAAUAAUUACCACAAUAGCUGGAACUAUUGGCUAUAUGUCUCCGGAGUUACUAGCUUAUGGAAUUUUCUCAACCAAAUCCGAUGUUUAUAGCUUUGGUGUACUUCUACUAGAGAUUAUAAGUGGAAGAAGGAAUGCAGAAUUGACUAUGUCAGAACCACAUGAGAACAUUAUAGAAUAUGCGUGGAGAUUGUGUGGAGAAAACAAGGUGUUUGAUUUAAUGGACCCAACUCUACAUGAAGUUUGUAAUACAGAUCAGUUUGUGAAGUGUGUACAUAUUGGACUCUUAUGCGUACAAGACGACCCAAAAGACCGUCCCACCACAUCAAAUGUUGUUGCCAUGCUUGACAGUGAUACUCGAACACUUCCAACUCCAAAACAGCCCGCAUAUGUUCCAAGCCUUUCUAGCAAAGUUAGUUCUUUUCGGAUAGCGGACACAUAUACGGAAUUAACUAAUAGUUUUGAGUUUGAAGGAAGAUAAUGGUUGAUACCAAUGCAAAGAUUCGAGUGGACCAAACAUUUGAUAUCAAUUAUGGUGCUCGUAGAUAUAUAUAUGGUGCUUACCUGAAAAAUCUCUCAUGUAGUAUUUUGGAACAUUGGGAUUACCAUUCGUUUGCUCAGACGUUACUAUGGGAAUCAUACGCUUAAGAGUGCUUAGUCAUUAUUUAGACUUUAAAAAACUAUUUAUCAAAAUUUCAAACCACAUAGAAGAAUUUAACAUUUA